AUGAAGGAGACACAAAAUGUCAAUCAGUAUGGCAAGAAGAAAAUCAAAUACAUUGACUACAAGAAGCAGCACCUGUACUUCUACAUGUCUGGGCUCCCCCUCCUCAUGCCUGUGUAUUUCAACGGGCAAUCCAUGCAAGUGAUGUACCUCCAAAGGUAUUGGGAGGACAUUGCCUGGGUCAGCAGCUUUUACAUCCGCUAUUUCAUCACAUUUGGCCCUUUCUAUGGAAUCUUCGGAACCAUGGUGCUCAUAUAGUUAGUCAAGUUUCUUGAAAGUCCCUGGAUUGCAUAUGUUACCCAGAUGAGCCACAUACCAAUGAAAAUGAGCAGAGAGGAGAACAAGGACUGGCUUAGCACUCAGGUCUUGGCCACCUGUAAUGUUGAACAGUCCUUUUUCAAUGACUGGUUCACUGGGCACUUGAACUUUCAAAUCGAGCACCAUCCGUUCCCCACAAGGCCGCGCCAUAAUUAUCACAAGGUGGCACCUCUGGUGAGAUCACUGUGUGCAAAGCACGGGCUGCAGUAGAUGAAUAAGCCCAUGCUGAAGGCAUUUGGAGACAUUGUCAGCCACCAAACACACCUCAAAGUGGUCCUGCAGAGGGUACCAGGUCCAGGUCCAGCUGCAAUUUCCGAGGGCCAAGCCACCAGCACUAUCCGAUGGAGUAAAAUUUGGAGGACUUCGGAACGUCCAGCUUCAGAGAAUCCAACAAGUAACGAUGGAGAACCUUAUAUUGUGGCUAAAGUGCACUGCAGGCACAGGGAAUAUGGACACGCCAGUGUUUCCCCCUCAAAGGGCUGA